GGGAGAUUCGCGGGGAUCGCCUGUUACAGCGGUGACGUCUGUGGUGCGGCUCCGCCCACGCACCGGAAAGUGUCGUCACACCGGGCGGCGCGGCGAAGGUGGCGGGUACGGGCGUCAGUGGUGAUCGGGCAGGAGCUCACUUGAGAAGGUGCUGUACCUACAUUAACGAGUGAGACUGAUUUACUCCAAGGGAUAUCCCCAAUGUCGGAACUAUCUGCUCAGAUUGUGCCUGCCUUUCAGGCUGGGCAGUCAAAGGAAACUACCUCAGAAAACACUCAGAACAAUUCGUCCAAUCUUGCCCGCAGAGGUCCGGAUGAAGAUGAUCGUUGUCCAGAAAGUAAUGGUCAGUCACAGAACGACAUGAGGCAGACCCAGGAGGAGUUUGGGGAUGAAGAGGAGCUGUCGCUUAAAUAUGGAGCCAAGCACGUCAUCAUGCUGUUUGUUCCUGUCACUUUGUGCAUGGUGGUGGUGGUGGCCACCAUCAAAUCAGUCACCUUCUACACACGGAAGGAUGGCCAGUUAUUGUACACACCAUUUACAGAAGACACAGAUAACAUUGGACAGCGAGCUGUAAACUCCAUUUUGAACACCUUGAUAAUGAUUAGUGUCAUUGUGGUGAUGACACUGAUUCUUGUACUUCUGUACAAAUACAGGUGCUACAAGGUAAUUCAUGGAUGGCUGAUAAUCUCGUCACUCUUGCUCCUUUUCUUUUUCUCCUUCAUCUAUUUGGGGGAAGUUUUCAAAACAUAUAAUGUCGCCAUGGAUUACUUCACAUUAGCUAUGAUGAUCUGGAAUUUUGGGGUGGUCGGAAUGAUAUGUAUUCACUGGAAAGGGCCACUUCGACUGCAACAGGCCUACCUGAUCAUGAUCAGUGCUUUGAUGGCUCUGGUUUUCAUCAAAUACCUGCCGGAAUGGACUGCUUGGCUCAUCCUGGCUGUGAUUUCGAUAUAUGAUCUGGUGGCUGUUCUGUGCCCAAAAGGCCCCUUGCGUAUUCUAGUGGAAACUGCCCAAGAAAGAAAUGAGCCGAUAUUUCCAGCUCUGAUCUAUUCCUCAACGAUGGUAUGGUUGGUUAACAUGGCAGAUGUCGAUCCAGAGGCCAGGCUACACCCACCUAAUGAUUCUGGUUCUGAAACUCGCAACCUUGCACUGAAUCUGGCUGGUCCUGAUGACAAUGUAAUGGAUGGAGAUGAUGGAGGCUUCAGCCGGGAGUGGACAGAGACCAGAGACGCCAGGUUGGGCCCGAUGGAAUCAACUCAGGAAAGUCGGGCCACUGUGCAGGCAUUGCCGAGCCCUCCAGUGGCAACGGAAGAUCCAGAGGAGAGAGGUGUGAAGCUUGGUUUAGGCGACUUCAUAUUCUACAGUGUUCUUGUUGGAAAGGCAUCAGCAGCAGCAAGUGGAGACUGGAAUACAACCCUGGCCUGCUUCGUGGCAAUACUAAUUGGUUUGUGCCUUACCCUCCUGCUGCUUGCCAUCUUUAAGAAGGCUUUACCAGCACUUCCCAUCUCUAUUACAUUUGGGCUAGUUUUCUACUUUGCUACAGACAACCUGGUGCGUCCAUUCAUGGAUCAGCUUGCUUUGCAUCAGUUUUAUAUAUAAGGUUGUCUUUCCCAGUGAGGAGAUUACAGAUGUACUGCAAGUCAUGUUGAGAACUGGAAUUACAUUUUGUAAUUGGUAUAACAAUACCAGAUUAGGGAAGAGAAAAAUUGUAUGGAACUGUGUGUGGAUUAUAAUUUUCUGCCCAAUUGAUCAUAUUUCUAAUCUGAGAUCACCAGUGACAUACUUCAGAAGAAAAUCAACCUGGUGCAUAUUUGGACAGGAAGGCAUUUUAACAUCUGGCUGCAGAGAAUGGCAGGAGGGCUUCUGAAAAGAUCUCGUCUGCGCUGUGCUUGUAAAUAGUCUCACAGUGCAAUGACAGCAAAUAAACUCCAAACGUAUUUUCCAAUUUGCCUCCAAAUCUGGAUUUGAAAUGUUGCUUCACUGAGCUAGUUUAUUACUCUCAAAGAUUCUUGUACUUCAGAAAGGUGGUGGCCCCCUCUACGUAAACAAGCCUCUGAUAGAUGCACUGUAAACUUUACUUCACCCUGAACUGAACUUUUCCUUUCAAAUUAAAAGAAAAUCGGAUUGUAGUUUUGAAAUGAAAACAGGAAAUGCCGGGGACACUAAGCUGGUCAGAUUGUGGCUGUGGAGAGAGGGGGUAGGGUUAAAGUUCCAAGUUGAUGACUGACUCCCUUGUGUUCUGCAGCACGUUUUGUUUUUAUUGCAGAAUUCCAGCAGCCGUACUGAUGCUUUUUGUACUGAUGUACUUUAUUUUUUUAACGUUAUGAAUAAGACACUGUGGAUUUUGUGAUAUGUUUUGAAAGAAUGCAUACAAAUGUAUUGAUCUUUUUUAAAAAAAAAUAAUUGGGUUCUUAAUGACCAAUCGGCUUCUGUCUGGUCCCUGAUGAAUAGUAAUUAAAGGUUAGUGAUACACUGGAA